AUGCUCGUCACCGCGCCGUUCUCCCUGAGUCAACGACUGGGCUUCUCGGUCAUCUUUCUCGUACUCACGAUGGGUCUCUUAUCGAACCUCAAGCUCAAACAGGCGAGCGCCACGGACAAGACGCAGGUCUUCCUCAACUCUGGCUGGUCCACGUCCUCGACAGCGCGUGGUGAUCAGGGGGGAAGUAGGGAUGGAUCAGAAUGGACGAGCGUAGAUCCCCGUGAUCACUUCGUGCGCGUACACAACGGUCAACUUGUCCUUGCGGGUCACCCUUUCAGAUUCGCUGGGUGAGUACUAACUAGCCACGACGGUGGUGUAAGCACAAACCUGUGCAACAUUCGUCCGUCUGUCUCUCCCCGUGAGCAAUGUGGGGGGGGGGGGGGGGGGGAGCGAGCGCUGACCUGACUCUCUCUCCACCGCCCAACGACUCAUCAUCCCAGCCUCAACGCGCCCGAGUUACUCGAUGGGAACGUCAGUGGACCUUUCGAGAUUGGGCAUACGUUCCAGACCUUGUCCAUGCGAGGCUCGUUCGCUAGGGCGGUCACGAGGACCUAUACUCUGCAGGUGAGCAAGUCAGACACUCUCUCUCCUGUCUCAGUCACCGCGCGGAGUGCCGCCGGGGCGACCCAAUGCGGAGCCAAAGUCAUCGUUGAUGCAAGUGACGUUGAUGCUUUGGUAUUUCGUGAACCCCUCAAGAUCAACUCGAGAAAUAUCGGCCGAGGCCACAUCAAAAGCUGGCAUCGCGAGUGGAAAGACUGGGAAUGGGACGAGGGGCGACUGAAGGAGAUUGAUCGCGUCUUGGCCGAGGCGCGCAAGUAUGGCGUCAAAUUGAUCAUUCCGAUCAUCAACCAGGACACGGGAGAGGAGUGAGUACUCGCGAGCUUCAGAGGCGGCGACAAUUCGUUGGGAUCUGAUUCUAGUUGGCUCCUAGCUCGAAUUGGGUCGGGUCUUAUGCCGAUUUGAUCCGCAUGGUAAGCACGCGGAACGUUCAUCGUAGAUUCUUGAUCACUAACGGCGCCUUCCGGGACUUACAGCGCAAGGGUCUCUCGACCUACGAAGAAUCGACCAAGGUCGACUGGUGGACCGACCACGAGAUGAUUGAAUCGCAAGUUUACUCUGAUCCGACAAAGCUUCCCGGGCUUGACCAGAUCUGACCCUCGACGAGUUUUCGCUUCCAUGCAGAUUCAAGCUCAUCAUUGACAAGCUUCUUAAUCGAGUCAAUCACAUCAACGGGAUCCGGAUAGGUGACGAUGCGACCAUCUUGGCUUUCGAGACGGGUGGGUGCUGAUCUUCAGGCUCGAGCAGCCGGUCCGCGGAUCCCACAAACUGACGGACUCUUGCUCGGGCAGGCAACGAGAUGAACUGCAACGGCAUGCGCCCCGCUCCAGCCUCGUGGACCUUGAAAAUAGCCAAGUGAGUACUUUGUCUGCGCUACUCCGCGUACAGUCGCUGAUGAAAAGCAUUCGCGCAAUAGGCAUUUCAAAUCACGAGCACCGCAGAUCCUGGUGAUGGAUGGCUCGUUUGCUCGAACGGAGAGUAUCACGGGGUCUUACCCGAUUGAGGUGCUCCAAUCAAAGUCAGUCCUUAGCAGAUAUUACACCUAUGGUUCUGAAGGUGCCAUCAGGCUGACGAGACCUCGAUGCUGUUUUCGGUACAGCGACGUCGACAUCCUCUCUUACCACUACUACGGCUCCGGCGAUUCGUAUCGCGUCAAAAAGGACUGUGAAUACGUCUUCGGAAAACACGGCAAAGCCUUCGUCGCAGGCGAGAUGGGCUUUUUCGCCGAACCCUCAAUGUACGAUUCGUUCUUGAAAGAUUUGCACAAGUAUGGGGGGAGCGGGGCCUUGGUGUGGAGUUUGAGACCCGCCAGUGCGGGGGGUGGGUACAAGACGCAUGGGGAAGGAAACGGGAAUUUUGCGAUGCGUGAGUCGGUUCAAAGACGACUUUGAAAGCCCUUAGUUUCACUCGACUGACAUCUCCAGCCUUUUUCGAUCGUCCAGACAUCCCGGGAUGGGCGACCUGCUCACACCCCGAAUUCGACCCCCGCGAACGUCAAAUCAUUUCGAUCCUACGUCACCAUUCAUAUACAAUGAACCACCAAAAAACUCCCGCGCAACAUCCCGUACCACCCGCUCCCUCCAAAGUAUGGCUAGACCCUUCCUCCCCCGACCAAACUCACCUCCUUUGGACCUCGGCGCCGUGGGCGCAUUCGUACGAAUUGAUCUUGCGCGAUCUAAGUACGGGGCAUGAGUAUGGGAGAAGGCAGGUGUGGGAUUGUACGAAGGAGGGGGAGAGUCGACUGGAAUUGUCGAGGGAGUUGGGCGCGGCGCCGAGGAGACAGUUGGGCGUCUGCUUGAGGGGUAUCAGUUUGGAUGGCACGCCGGGGCCCGAGUCGGAGAUGUUGAGGUUGGAUUCCAGCAUCGGCAAUGAUCUCGCGAUUUAA